GGAAAGUUUAUUAAAAGUUUAUUAUUAAAAAAAAAAAAAAAAUCUAUAAUAAACCAAAAAAGAUUUGUAGUUGGUGUGCAACUCAUCAGUGACGGUUACCUUAUCAUGGUGCUAUUCUGGGAUGUACGUCCCCGGUGCUCAUUAGUGAGUUAAGUGAACUUAAAGCUAAUUAUUUGCUUUCUGUUUUGUCAUUGUGAUAUUGCCAUAAAAGAAAGGAGUGGGUUUUUUUCUCUGUGAUAAGAAGGCCUAUCUUUGUACAUUUAUGAUAAGAUUACUGUACUUUCAGUGCGAGAGGGAAGCUGGCACUCUCCUCCUGCUGAAUGCGCUAUAGACAGCGGCGGGGCUCCAGUUGGCUGUGCGCGCUCAGACGCACAGACGCAAACAUCCCACUGGCUGGAGUUGGAGGACACUCGCCCGUUUUCGCCUCCACCGCUGCUCUGAUCCCUUGUCUUUGUCUCCCCGGCGGUGAGAAGACCACCCGCACGGGAAAAGGAAAGAAAGAGAGAAAGGAGCGCUUCCUCUUUCUUUUUUUUUUUUUUAAAUCUAGAGAUUAUUAAGAGUCAGAGAAACUGCAGAAUCGGGACUGGACACUUUUGGAAGGGGAAUAAUUUCUCGCAUGAGGCGAGCUGGAUCUGUUCUGUACAGCGGAGCGCACACUGCUACGUCUUUUCAAUGGAUUUCAAAACAGUGGAAGUACCCUGGGAAUUAAACUACUGUUAAGUUGCUUUUAGGUCGCAGAUUUCCUUCUAACAACGGUUUAUGUUUCACAUUGAGAGGAAGACGAUGAUCCUCGCAGUAUUGUAUGUCCUUCUGCCUCUUUUAGAUGUGUUGUCUUACGCCGAGGAGAACCUGCGUGCUGGGGCCACCCGGCUGGACUGUGUGAGAGCCAAUGAGCAGUGCCUGAAGGAGCAGGGGUGCAGCACCAAGUACCGCACGAUGAGGCAGUGCGCGACCGGCGGCAAGGAGAGCAACUCCAGCAUGGUGGCCGGCCUGGAGGCCAAGGACGAGUGCAGGAGCGCCAUGGACGCGCUCAAGCAGAGCCCGCUGUACAACUGCCGGUGUAAAAGGGGCAUGAAGAAAGAGAAGAACUGCCUGCGCAUUUACUGGGGGAUCUAUCAGGCGUUGCAAGGUAACGAUUUCUUGGAAGAUUCUCCAUAUGAACCCGUGAACAGCCGUCUAUCUGACAUUUUCCGCCUGGCUCCCAUCAUAGAGAGUGGGGAACCUUGGAGCGGCUCCGCAACCUCGGCUCCAGGCAGGGGGGGCGCCCAGGGCAGAGAGCCCGCUCUGGGCAGAGGGAGCCCCUCCUCCACGGAACUUCAGGAUCCCAGUAGAAACAGGAGAGCUCAUCCCAAUUGGGCCAUACUGGGUGAACCCGCGGUGGCCAGAGAGAACAACUGUCUGAACGCCGCCAAGGCCUGCAACCUGAAUGACACGUGUAAGAAGUACCGCUCAUCCUACAUCAGCCCCUGCACCAGCCGCGUCUCCACCGCCGAAGUCUGCAACAAGAGGAAGUGUCACAAGGCCCUGCGGCAGUUCUUUGACAAGGUUCCACCCAAGCACAGCUACGGCAUGUUGUUCUGCUCGUGUCCCCUCAUCGACCAGACGGCGUGCUCCGAACGCAGGCGUCAGACCAUCGUCCCCGUCUGCUCGUACGAGGAAAAACAGAAACCCAACUGUCUGGAACUGCAGGCCUCCUGCAAGACCAACUACAUCUGCAGGUCACGACUGGCAGACUUCUUUGUCAACUGCCAGCCGGAGCCUCGCUCGCUGUCGGGCUGUCUGAAGGAGAACUACGCAGACUGCCUCCUCGCGUACUCGGGUCUGAUUGGUACGGUGAUGACUCCAAACUACCUGCGCUCGCCCAAAAUCAGUGUGUCUCCCUACUGCGACUGCAGCAACAGCGGCAACAACAAGGACGAGUGCGACACGUUCACCGAGUUUUUCACCGAGAACACCUGCCUCCGUAAUGCCAUCCAGGCCUUUGGGAACGGAACAGAUGUGGGAGUGUGGCAGCCGAUGUCCCCCGUCCAGACCACCACCUCCACCACCACCCCCUACCAGAGGAACCGCGAACGCAACCCCAACACCAUUGACAACCACAUCAACACAGACCCCGGCAUCUACCACUUCUGUGGCAGCCUGCAGGCUCAGAAAUUGAAGUCAAACUCAACUGUUGACGGUGUCUUCUGCGUGGAUCCUCAGAUAGACGGUCCAAGUACAUCCAACGCCAUCCUGAGAAACUCGGCUGUCUCCAGACGGCCCGUGGGCCUGGCCUCUCUGCUGCCCCCUCUGCUCUGGCUGUGGUACUGCAGCCUGCCGGCGCCCUCCUCGCCGGGCGACUUGUAGCCUCGCCGCCUCACAGCGACGAGCUACGACGGACUGACAAACACACAUUUGUAUAAAAGAAAAAGCAAAACAAGAAAUGAUAUGCUUUCUUCUCAGUAACACCUGUUGUACUUUUUAUUUCCCCCUGGAAUCUGUCUCUAUUUUGAUUCCUACUUUGAUUUUUUUAUGAAUUUUUGGAAAAGUUUGUUGUUUUAAUGUUUUUUGUUUUUUGUUUUUUUGCAUUGCAGCUGUGUGCUAAAACGGUGAUCUACUAUACGUGUUAACUCAGUUUGGCUGUGUGUUCCCUUUGGGUUAGUUGAAAAAAAACAGCUUUCGUGUUGCUCAACUUUGGGCAGAAAUGGCAAAAUACCGGAGGACUACAUUCCAGUAAACCACAGCUGGUGGCUCUUGGAACGGUUCACAAAAUGUAAAUUAACAUUGAUUUUCGGAGUCGUCACAUGAGUUUUCACCCACGUCUGUUUGUGUGUCGAGGCUAUAGGUGGGAUCUUUCGCUUAAAAGUCACAGUCAGUUCAGUAACAGCUACAUUUUAUCACACGGGCAGCUUUUUAGAUGUUAUUCAGUCUCCUCGGUGUGGUUUGUGUAUGUUUUGAUAAUCACGUGAUCUGGUAUUUAAAGGUUUCUAUGAGCUGAAUGAAACGUCUACCUGACAACAAAAGAAAUGUCACUUGAAAGCCUUUUUUUUUUUUUUUAAUUUUCAGGGUGAACACCAAAAACUUAAAACAUCAGAGAAGAUACAAACAUCUGCGCCCAAACCGUCUUCACUGUAGCUCAUACUGAACACACACCGCCGCCGCCGCCGGCAAAAGCACACAGGCGAAGACCCACGCACACAUACCGCACACUUUCACACAUUCAGACAAAAACACACAGGAACACACACACACACACACACAGGACCAGGCUUCUGCUCCUCUCUUUCUUUACACCUCGAUUUGCCAACAGAGUGACGCUCGGAGAUCACGGGGCCGCGGGUUGUACGCUGCUGUGGAUGGCUGAAUCCACUGCACUCAUUAGUGAUUGUACAUACUUGUAACUGUUAGAAGUCCAAGCCAUGUUCAGUGUUUCUCCAUGGAAGGUGACAGAGAAGCUGCUGCAGUUUCACCUUUUAGUUUUUAUCAGUUGAGUUUUGAUGUACUUUGCUGCGCUGCAUCCACAGAAACAGACGAGAGCAGAGGAAAAAAAAAAUAAAAAUAGGCUUAUUGUUGUAGCGUAUAUUCCAUGGUAACUCGACGCUCACAGCAUCCGCAUCCGUCAGUUCAGUGUUGCGACUUAUUGCCUCAAUUGUGAAACUGUCGACACGCGUUUUGGGGGGAAGGGAGCGAUCACUUUAAAUUGACCAUUUGCCUGAACUCCAUCACGCUCGGUCGCUGUCCACACACCUGUCAAGUUUCGCAUCCUAGCAUGGCAUGUACACAGUUUACCGUAACCGUGGCACGGAGAGCGCCUCUCGAGAUUGGUGGUAAUUAUGAGAAUAAUUGACUAAAGUGCGCUUGUAAAUUUGACCUAGUGAACAGUCACUGACAUCAGCUGUUGUGUUGAUUGGAAAUUUCUCCAUCUGACCGAUCGAUGAUUCAUGUAGACGUGAGGACACGGUAAUAAAGAGACAGUGUUGUUAUAUUUCAGGGAUAUAAUGAAACAUUAUCAGAUUAGACUGUUAUUUUGUUCGAAUGUGACUCCAUUUAAAGCUGCAAUAGGUAACUUCCGCAUUAAAAUGUCUAAAAAUUACUAGAUAUAUUGGUAUAUAUUGUGUUGAGUUGCGUUCUUACAUUAUCCAAAACGAUUCCCGUCAAUUCUCAAACACGGAGAAAUCUGUGAUUUCAAUCAUGGUAACGGUACGUGUCAUUUGGUCACCUGUCAAUGACGUCAUAUCCCGUUCACGAUUGCCUGUCAGAAGCAUCGAAACUGACCUUGAAUCAAGUUUUAAGCCACCUUUUUUUUUUUCUACAUCUUGGUCGUUUUCAACUACGUUUUUUAACCAGAUGAAGAAGACGCCCAGCGGCGGAAGUUACGUACUGUGCCUUUAAAUGCUUUUAUAGAAAAACAACAUGAACGUGAGAAAAGAGAAAAUGUCUCUGAGAAUGAGGAGUAACCGACAAGUUAGGCAGAGCUUUUAACAGUGACUGUGACCGUUAGCUAAGCGCGCUAACAUUGGCAGCUUACGCUACAACGUCUUGCUGGAACGUCUUGUUCUGGAAAGGUGUAAAAAAAAAAAAAGAACAUGACUCCAUCCUUCCAUGUAUUUGGAAGUUGUAUUCUGGCUCAUGCAUGUCACUCCAGUGUGCACGGUUACGGUUGCUAAGCUACGGUUGGACAGUUGCUGUUGCGUGUUCAGGUUUCAGCAGAUGGUCAGUUCACGCUCUGGUUUUUUUUUGUUUUGUUUUGUUUCUUUUAAACUCCAGCAAACACGUGACAUGUGACUUAUGUACUGUACGUAAAUCUUCUGAGCAUUUUGUUUGUCUGCUGCUGAGGACUGCUGGGAAAAAAAAAACUUAAAAAAAAAAAAAGCCACAGCAUUUCUGUCACAUUCAGUUCUCAGAUGUAGAUGAGCAUCUGUUGUCAUCAGCUUUUCAGAUGGAGGCAAUGGUUUUUGAACCCCCCCACCCCACCACCCCACCCCACCCCACCACCACCCCCAGAGGAAAUCCAACCCAACCUGAUCAGGACGUUUACAUUCAUCACUGUGGCAUGUUCAGCAGGUUACUUUAGCCAUUUGGACACCGACAGGAGCAUUUACGACACGCUGCUUGGGUUUAUGUAGCUUCUCAGAACAUGAUUAAUGUAUAGUAGAACUUAAAUGUUAUUUACUGAGCAUAAACAUGGUAUAUGCACUGUAUGUACUUGGCUGAAACUAUAAAUUGGACAAAUAAAUGUCUGAUGGUCUUCUGUUCCAGAGCAUUGUGAGCUAUUUUGACAUUCAGAUACAACAUAGAGUACAUGGAAUAAGCCAGAAUAUUGUUUUUUAUAACAACUUAUAUGUAUAUUUCUCCCAGUAUGUACAUGAUUAUGGAAUAUUAUUGCAUCUGAGAAAGAGGAUAUCAAUGUAACUCUCCUACUGUAGUUAUAUACGACUGUAUUUCCUAAGCAUAUUGUUUUGUACCAUAGCCCCAUUUAUGACGUUGCUUACAUAUAGUAUUGAUUUUCUUUUCUUUCUUUUUUCUUGGCUGAGAUUUGAACUUAUUUUUCUAUCUUUUACUAAUUUUUACUGUGUCGACGAGUCAAAGUGAAUGAGAUGGGCCAGCCACAGAUUGACAGUUGUUACUGUGCCGUUACAGUAAUUACUUUGGUUUUACUGCUGAAAUAAUUACGGUGACGGUCACUAGAAGCUGGGCAAGAAAGAACAUUGUCAUUGCAUGGUGACUGUGAAGGAAAUGAAUCAAAUGUUUAAAGACAAAUAUAUUCUAUACCAUUACCAUUUGAAGGCUUUUUUUUAUGGUAUAUUUUAGCAGAGGUGGGCAAGUGGGCGAAGUCCCACAGAUUGAAUGUGUGCAGUUUGGAUGGAAAGUGAAAGAGAAAUGUUACGACAAAAAAACUGGGACUGAUCACAUUUCUCAGAAUUGUGUCUUAAAAUACGUCUGAUCGUUUUAUAUUUGAAUCCCAGAGUCAUAUCUGGAAUAUGAGAUAAAGUUUAUAGAGAUGGUUCAGUGCUUCACCUUUCUUUGAAGUGGCCUCAAAAUUGGGGGUCACUUCUUCCUGACGUUAGGAUCCCACGAAAAGGGAUAAAGAUGGUGAAUAAGUUUGCCGUCCAUCUCCAUCCCAUCUGUUGUUUCAAAAUACCAGAAAUGGCUUUUUUGGAGAUGCAGGCUCCCUCAGCUAUCCGGCAUCAUUAACUUCUUAGCUUGUGAAAAUGUAAAAUCUAUUGUACAAAAGUUAUAAUUAAAAACUGUUAAAUCACCCACA